AUGAGGGCAUUUCGGUUCGCGGGCAGCAUUAGACAACUUUUCAAGAAGUUGACGGGAGCCAGAGCAGGCGAUGCCUCAGCUGUGGUCGAAGAACCAAAUGUCAAGGUGGACCUGCAGACUCAGAAGCACCUUGCUUCCUUGGUUCCCCAAUCCGGUGAGAACACAACUCGUAUUAAGUACUUGGAAUUGGUCGCAAACCAUUUCGCGAAACAUGGACUCAUAAAGGGGUCUCCUCCUCUCCGUUCUCUAGUACCAUCGAAGGAGGAGGCAAACGGCGGAGGCAAAAGGAACGGGAAAGGGAACGGAAAUGACAACGGGAAAGGGAACAGGAACGGGAACGACAACGAGAAAGGGAACAGGAAAGGGAAAGGCAACGGCAACGGGAACGGCAACGAGAAAGGGAACGGGAAAGGAGGACUUUUUUUUGCUCAUGCAAUUCACAUUUGA